GGCAGCUGACGGCUCCUCAGAGGAGGCAGCGCUCAUUAACGGGUACGGAGCGGAGAGGAGCCGAGCUCUCCGUCGUCAUGGAGUAGCGAUAUAAAAUAAAAAAUACAAUAAAAACAGCUUUCUGCCCGAAAACACACGGCUGACAUGUUCAAACGCAGAAGAAACUAAAUUAUUCGCCCCGACAAACGAUUUGUCGGUGACACUCUUGAAGGUUGGAUUUUGUUGGAAUCUGUGGUAAUUUUUCUCUCAACCGGUCCCAUGAUGUCCACGGAGGAGAUGCUGAAGGAGAUCGCGCGCCUCUCCGGUGAGCUGAACGAAACCACGCGCGAGAAGAUCCAGGCGGCGGAGUACGGGCUUGUGGUGCUGGAGGAGAACCAGGCGCUGAAGCAGCAGUACGACGAGCUGGAGAGCGACUAUGACAGCGUCCGACAAGAACUGGACCAGCUUAGAGAGGCAUUCGGACAGGCUCACUCCAACCAGAGAAAAGUGGCAGCUGAUGGCGAGAGUCGGGAGGAAUCUCUGCUUCAGGAGUCGGCAUGUAAAGAGGCAUACUAUGAGCAGCGCGUGCAGGAGCUACAGGCCGAACUCAGGCAGACUCGCAACACCCUCUCCAACGCACAAUCGGAGAACGAGCGCCUGUCCACCAUCACUCAGGAGCUCAGAGAGAACAGUCAGUUGGUGGAGCUGCAGAGGUCCCGACUCCGUGACGACAUCAAGGAGUACAAGUUCCGCGAGGCUCGUUUGCUGCAGGACAACAGCGAGUUGGAGGAGGAAAACAUUGUUCUGCAGAAGCAAGUGUCUGUGCUCAAACAGAGCCAGGUGGAGUUUGAGGGCCUGAAGCAUGAGAUUCGCCGACUAGAGGAGGACACACAGUUCCUUAACAGCCAGUUGGAGGAUGCCGUCCGUCUGAAGGAGAUAGCUGAGAGACAGCUAGGAGAAGCUCUGGAAACCAUCAAGACCGAGAGGGAGCAGAAGGCGGCAAUGAGGAAGGAACUGUCCCAAUACAUGAACAUUGGGGACUCCAUGUACCACAAUUCCUUGAGCAUCUCUCUGGAUGGGCUGAAAUUCAGUGAAGAUGUGAUGAUCGAGCCCAACAACGACGACCACAUUCAUGUCUACGAAAAUGGCUUUGACAAGAUCCCAAAUGCUGAAGAUAACCGGAUGUCCACACCCAAAAAGGACCAGCUGUUCCAUCCGGCCCCCAGCCUCGUGGACGACUUGCUGAGUGAACUCAACAUCUCUGAAAUUCAGAAGCUUAAACAACAACUUCUGCAGGUGGAGCGGGAGAAGGUGACAUUACUGUCAACGCUGCAGGACUCACAAAAGCAGCUGGAGCAGGCCAACGGUGCUCUGUCAGAGGAGCACGAGAAGGUGGGCCGCCUCACUGAGAACCUGAACGCUAUGCGCAAGCUUCACGCCAGCAAGGAGCGCCAGUCAGCCCUGGACAACGAGAAGGAACGUGACAGCAACGAGGACAGCGACUACUAUGAGGUGGACAUCAACGGGCCCGAGAUCCUGGAGUGCAAGUACAAGGUUGCUGUUUCCGAGGCAGGUCACCUGAAGGAGGAAUUGAAAACCGUGAAGUCUGAAUACACUGCUUGCCGGUCACAGUUUGAGGAUGAGCGUAGCCGACUGGAGAGCCAGGUGGCGUCACUGCGCUCUGAGCUGAUCACCCUGGAGUGCAGCAGUCGUGCAGAGCGUGAGCAACUGGCACGGAUGGAGAAAGAGUUACGUCGCGCCAGUGAGGCAGCCGGUGAGAGCCAGGGAAGCCUGAGCGUGGCACAAGACGAGCUGGCUACGUUCAGCGAGGAGCUUGCCAACCUUUACCACCACGUUUGCAUGUGCAACAAUGAGACGCCAAGCCGUGUCAUGCUCGACUUCUACCGUGAGGGCAAAGCCAACACUGGAACCAAUGGCAACAAUCGGGGCAGCCCUGAAGGCCGUGGCCGUCGCUCACCUAUCUUGCUGACACGCGGCCUCUUCCCCACCCCUGAGGCAGAAUCUCCAUCCCCUGUCUCUUCCCCAGUGGCUGACCCACGCAAGGAACCAAUGAACAUCUACAACUUAGUGGCCAUCAUCCGUGACCAGAUCAGACACCUGCAACUGGCCGUGGACCGCAGCACAGAGCUGUCUCGUCAGCGCCUGGCCUCUGCCGAGCUUGGUCCCACCGCUGACCGUGACUACGAGGCCAGUGUGGAAGAGAUCCUUAAGCUCAAGUCACUUCUCAGCACCAAGAGAGAGCAGAUUGCCACCUUGAGAACAGUUCUUAAAGCCAAUAAGCAGACUGCUGAGGUAGCACUGGCCAACCUAAAGAGCAAAUACGAGAAUGAGAAGGCCAUGGUGACUGAGACGAUGAUGAAGCUACGCAACGAGCUCAAAGCCCUGAAGGAGGAUGCUGCCACCUUCUCCUCCCUUAGAGCCAUGUUUGCCACACGCUGCGACGAGUACGUCACUCAGCUGGACGAGAUGCAGAGGCAGUUGGCAGCAGCCGAGGACGAGAAGAAGACCCUGAACUCGCUCCUACGCAUGGCCAUCCAGCAGAAGCUGGCCCUCACGCAGCGUCUUGAAGAUCUGGAGUUUGACCACGAGCAGUCGCGCCGGGGUGGUGGCAACAGCAGGAACAAGUCUGCAUCCUCCCGGGCCAAGGUCGCUCACAACCCUGCGCAGACACAUGUAAGUCCACCCCUCACUGCCAACUGCGGGGGACGUGGCGAACCCAAUGGCCUCCUGGGAACGCCAGUUGUGUUCUGCAGUGAAAAGUACAAGAUCUACUGCGAAUAAAAGCGUGUGGCAUGUUUUAAACAGUGCUUCUCGGUGUACAAAGCCCCACUCACAUGUGCUCUCUCUCGCUCGCUCGCUAUUUGCUGUAUGGUGUGUAUCUUUAUGCCUUAUGUUCUGCCUACCAGUGUGAUAGUAGCUAGGUGAAAAAAGUUGGCUAAUAUGAUAGCUGCCAUUCAUGUGUUUUGCAGAGGGCCAGAAUUUUCCUUCUGUACUCACGGUGCUGUAUUUUAAGUGGCAGCUCCAUAUCCAAGUGUAUGUUAGCUUGCACAUGGUCCUCCUGACCAAUAGUAGUGCAAUGGCGUCGUGUUGUGGUCGUGAUGUAUACCUAGCUGCCAUCCGCACCUCGGUAGAUAUCCUUUCCUUUUUCCCUUUCUCUAACACAUCCUCCUUCCCUCUUCCUGUCCCCCCUUCUCCUGCCUGCCUCAGAAAAGCUUUCUUUAAACCCGGCAACCCGUUGUCUAAUCAGGUGACUAAUGUUUACAGUGUAUACACAUAUAAACAAUUUAAUAUGCAAAUCCCUCACUUCUAUACAGUAGGGGAGGACCAAUGGUGUUUUGAAGUGGAAAAAAAUGCUGAAAGCAAAACAAUGGGUUACUGAAAAUUUAGGAGCGUUUUUCUGCUCUGUCUUGAUCAAUUAGUGGUAGGCAGGAGUGGGAUGUUGUCAUUUAUAAAAAAAUUUUUUCCAAAAAUGGCAAGCUUUUGGCUAAGACAUAAAUAGCUAAUUGUUUGCAUGCAAUUUGCUAGAUUCUUGGCUAAAAAAAAAAAAAGAUGCGUAUACUACAUAGUGUCCUAGGUUUUGUCUCCACCUUGAGCACACUUCUAAACAGGGCUCUACAUGAGGGGAUGAUUAUUACAGAGGAGCGUUUCCUCUCUCCAUAGAUCCGCCCCACCAAACAUGGAGAGCGUCCUUCAUAGCCAUAACACUGGAGCAUAAAGGAGGGGGGAAAAUCAGCUCACUCCUUCAAAUUCAAGUGCACUUCUGCUAGGGGACUCAGGUUCCACAUUUUGCCACACAAAAAGGCAGAGGAAAAAAGCUAAACUAAACAAAAUGUUUGAUUGGUGAUGAUUCAACUCAAAUAAAAGAAGAAGAAAAAGAGCACAACACACAAGGCACCUUUGUUACGAUGCCGACCGAUUGACGAAGAGUGACAACAAACAAAUAAACAUCACCUUGGAAAAGUGCCUUUCUUUUGCUUUCUAUUGGCAACUGUCCAUUUCUCAGUGUAAAGCCCUGUCGUUUGUGUCUGAAAGCUAAUUCUAAUCUAAUCUAAUCAUCAUCCUGUCUCUUUGUGUGUGAAUGCAUAUUUGCAUGUGCGCACGAUUGAACCCUCUUGUAACAGGAAAAAAAAACCUUUCCCUGGCUUCCUCUUAUCACCGCUCUCCUUGCAGAUUGUCAGCAGCUUGCUCUCUCUGCCUCACUGCUUUCCCUUUAUACAUGGCCAGGUAAACUUCCCAUAACAUUGUCACACCGGCGCAAGCUCCUCUACUCUCACACAAGCUUCAAAAUUGUGCUGAAGCAGCGCGUAGAGGAAACAAGCCGUGGUUAGCGUUCCAGUUUGUGAUAUACAGGCUGGAAAUUUCCAUGGCAUCACAUCACUACGAAUAGUUUCAUAAACAAAAUAAGCUUUAAAAUAGCAAGCUAGGGAAAUAAACAAAAAAGUAUGGGGCUUGUAGUUAAACGUAUGCUGGCGAUGAAAACAUUUUUUUUUAAGCUUUAUUAGCCUAAAAAGCAGGGUCGAGGACGGAUGAGGAAACGUCAAAAUGAUUAGGUGUUGUAUAUUCGUAAAGAAAUACUAUUCAGGUAAAAACCUUCCCAGGCCAGCUUCCUCCUAACCAGAGGAAGUACGUACGUGUGUUUGUGAGAGUGUGUGAAUCUGUGGAAGAUUUAGAGACCUCAGUCCUCAACUCUGCUUCUGCCUGUGCUGCAUUGAAAGCCCUCGUUAGGCCUUUAGAUAACGUACUGUAUUAAAGAGACACAAAGCUAUCGCUCUCAUCCUUCUCCCACACUCAUGUGAACACACAGCUUGGAUCUGACCACUCUUUUCUGUUCCUCCAUGCAUCCAGUAAGCCACGAGUGAAAGCCUAAGAUGGAGCGUUAGACUUUUUAAAAGCUUUACGAUACAAGCUGAGAUUCGAUCGUUCAAAGCGAAGGGCAAAAAAAAUAAAUAAAUACGCAAAUUUAUUCUAUCAAACGUUCUGUUUGUAUAUACUCGGAGACCAUUUUAUUCAAAUUACUUUCCGAUUAAUUCAUUGUCACGUUUGACUUGAUUAUUAACGGUGUGUGAUAAGUGAUUCGAGUCUGAGGAUUUUUUUCUCCACAUCGGUUUCGACAGCAUUUGAAAACAUACACCUGGCUUUUUAGUAAUACACAUGUAGGUGGAGUUUUACCAGGAGGUGGGUGGGGUUUAAUACUUGCGAGCCAGUGGCUUUCCUGCACGUCCUAUUUUUCCAAAACAAGUAAAAAA